CUCACCACGCCCAUCCCGCACCAGACGGCGGAGUUGUGUUACGGCGAGGCGGUGGGCGACAAAAGCGAGGACUUCGCGGACCCGACGCGCAAGACGCCAUGUUCCUGCGCAAAGUCUGGCGGCGCCGCGGGGGCGUGCUCGCCCGGCAGCUGCGGCGGCGCCUCGCCCGCGCCCGCCGUCUCCGCGCCCUCCUCCGCCGGCGCGCCGCCGCCCUCGCCGCACCUCACCGCGCUGCCCGCACACCAGACGGGCGCCGUGCCGACGACGCUGCACACGCCGGCGCCCACGCCCGACCCGCACGCGCCGCCCACGCCAGCACCGCCCUCCGCGCCGCCGCACAAGCCCUACACACAGGUACGGCACACAAUCACAGACUGGUCGACGAAUCGUGGAUACGAAGCCUGAAGUCAUGA